GCAACGCUUUGUAGUCAAACGACAGUCGCAGUGCAAACAAGUCGGCAAUGAAGCAGCUUCUGGUGGCCUUUCUGGCAGUUCUGCUGGUCACCAUCACGCAGGGCGGAUUGCUGGGCAGGAUCUUCAACCGGGAGUCCACCUCCACUUCCACAACAACGACGACAGAGGAGCCCCGUCGCCCCUUCUUCAUCAACAACAAUGUGCCCGUCAUUGAGGCGGGCUGCGCGGCGCACUUCACCUGCAAGAAGAAGCUCACCCAGGUGCCCACUCCGCGGCCCUGUUUGAAGUACUGCCUGAAGCGAGUGGACUGCCCCAACGACCAGAAGACCCUGGGCAAGCCCAACCAGUGCGUCGAGCUGGACGAGCAGCAGGUGCUGGCCGCCUACGAGGCCUCCAAGGUGCCCCCAGUCGCCGGACAGCCCGCCGGCGAGACCAAGAUCAUGGAGGUGGCCAUGAUCGACUUCCCCUGCCAGCCGGGAUAUCUGCCCGACCAUCGCGGUCGCUGCCGCGAAAUCUGGUAGUUCGUCGCUCCUCUUAACACGCACUUGCUGCAUAACUAUAGGUGUGGAAUUCUUCUUUAAACACAUGCAUACUCUGAGCAACCACAAUAAAACCCAAAUGAACUACUGUUGCCCAAGGAUCAUCCCCGUGUUCGAAAACAGUGAACAUUUUGAUACGUGUUUAGUGAAAAACACCUCUAAUCUGGCAGUCGAUUUGUGAUGAUUUCGUUAUCGCCUAGUUGAACUUGAUGUCUGUGAAAUCCCAUUGUUUUUUUUUAAUAAACAGAGUUUGUGCUUGCUUUACAAA